AUGCCAUUCGAUGAGGAGGAGGAGGAGGAGCCCAAAAGCUAUUUAGAACUGCUAGGCACGAACGACCAUCCCUUGGAGGAGCCAGCAGCAUCCCCAGAUCCCAUUGCACUUUAUUCUGGCUUCUCUGAGUUGGACAAGCUAAGAGAGGAGAAUCGUCUCCUAAAGGCCGAGGUCGAAAGCCUCAGAAGCCAGUUGACCUCCUCUAGGAGACAACCAGUGCCAUCUGCUGAAGUUAUCAACUUUUUCCGUGACUUUGUCUCAUUUAAUGAUGUCACAAACAUCCAAUACUCUGCUGUCGGUGGUGCUCCUUGUCAAGAGUACACGAUCAGGGCAAACCUAAACCCAGGACCCACAACAAGCCAGAAUCAGCGCAGCAGGGAUGACGUUAAACUGCUGGAUUCAAGCGACGUUUAUGUCAACCGGAAUGCUUUGCGAAGCUGUGUACAAGCAGGGCACUCAGCAAAAAGCCCCAUUGGGCUUUUAAAGAAACUCAUUCCGAUAGUUUUUUCUGCCGAGGAGCUUGCAAGGUCGUGCGGCCAAGGACUCGCUCGCGGAGGGGCAUCUCAGAAGGAGGAUGAGAAAGCCCCUCUUGACCAGCACAAGGUCAAUGCUUGCAAAGAUUACCUUGUCGCCUUCUGCCUCCAGAAUAAAAUGGCCCAGCCAGGAGCGCAAGGGAUAAAUAAAGCGUUCACGCAACAAAUUACAUAUGCGAGGACAAAAUUAAAAAUACAGAGUGCUGCCGUGAACACUGAGUAGAUAUAAUGAUCACCGUCUUUUAUGUAUUUCUUUUUAUACACGAGACGGUCGAGGUUUAUACACGAUUAAAAGUAGUACUAACCAUA